GCAGCGGCAUCGCGGCGCAGAGCGGUCGGUGGACCCGGCCCGUCCCCUCCGGGCCCGUUUAGCCGGUGCGGGGGGCGGAACGGCGCCGUGGCCGGCCGGAGGAGCGGCCCCCGCUCCGCGGCUCCGGUGCACGAGCAGCGAUGUGACCCCCGGGGCGCCGUCAUGGCCGUGCUCGCCGGAGGGGCCUGGCAGCCCCCCGCAGCCCGCGGGGCAGAGGAGGAGAUGACGGAGCCCCCCGCGCCGCUCGCCGCCCGCUGCAGAUGAGAGCCCCGGCCCAGGUGCUUGCGGGACGCCGGCGAUCGCUGUGCACUGAGGCCGGCACAAAGACAUGAGUGGCAGCACGAGCCAGCGUGCCGCCGCCCUGGGGGUCCUCUUUGCCCUGAUCAUGUUGCUGAUCAUCUACAGCUCCGGCAGCGGGAGCGAGGUCUUCCCCUACAGCCACCUGCGGGGCAGAGCCCGCCGGCCCCCCGACCUCAAGAAGUGGGGGGUGAAAAGCGGGUACCUGCCUGUCUGCGGGAACAAGACCCUGACUGCCCGCUGCCACCAGUGCGUCAUCGUCACCAGCUCCAGCCACCUCCUGGGCACCCGCCUGGGCACAGCCAUCGACGGGGCCGAGUGCACCAUCCGCAUGAAUGACGCUCCCACCACCGGCUACGAGGCUGACGUGGGCAAUAAGACGAGCUUCCGCGUGGUGGCCCACUCCAGCCUCUACCGCGUCCUCAAGCGGCCCCAGGAGUUUGUCAACAAGACCCCGGAGACCAUCUUCAUCUUCUGGGGGCCGCCCGCCAAGAUGCAGAAGAGCCUCCUGAAAAUCAUCCAGCGCGUCAGCGCCUCCUUCCCCAACAUGACGGCCUACGUCGUCUCCCCCGGCCGCAUGAAGCAGUUUGAUGACCUGUUUCGGGGGGAGACAGGGAAGGACAGGGAGAAGUCACGCUCGUGGCUCAGCACUGGCUGGUUCACCAUGGUGAUCGCAGUGGAGCUGUGCGACGCCGUCCACGUCUACGGCAUGGUGCCACCCAACUACUGCGGCCGCCGGCCCCCGCCCCGCCGCCUGCCCUACCACUACUACGAGCCGAAGGGCCCCGACGAGUGCAUGACCUACAUCCACAAUGAGCGGAGCCGCAAGGGCAACCACCAUCGCUUCAUCACCGAGAAGCGGGUCUUCGCCAGCUGGGCCGGCCUCUACAACAUCACUUUCUCCCACCCGGCCUGGCCCUAGGGGCUACCCCCGCCCCGAGCCGGGCAGACCCCUGGAGCUGGGAUGGAUGGGGGUUCCCCUGCAUCCCCCUGAGAGUGGGGAGCAGUGGGAGCCAGGCAUCGGGGUGCCACCGGGUGCGUCCCACGGGACCACUGCUGUUGUGCACGGUGGCUCCUCACACCUGGGAUGUGUUGGGUUUUGAGCUGUUUUUUGGGGGGGGCCAAGUGGUAAAUGCAGGGUUUAGGGUGUCCCCCCGUCCAUGGGCAGGAGGCAUGGGGGUGAGAUCCUGCCUGAUCCUGGUCCGGGUGCGUUGCAGCCCCUGCGAGCACGCAGUGGGCUGCCGGGUCCCCUCAGCUCAGUUUGGGGUUGCAUCACUUUUGGGGCCACUGCAGAGACUGCCCCAACCCCUGGAUGGGGGGGACCCUCUCUUGGGGCUCAGCCCCCCUCUGCCAUCCCCAGCACCCUGAUCCCAGUCCACAGGCAUCCUUCCCUCAGCAGAACCCCACAGGUUUCGGUGGGACCCUGCAGGGGUGAUGCUGCCACCCUCGGUACCCCAGCACCCCAAAAACACCCGGCCCCUCCCAGCACCGCUGCCCCCCACACCCACACUGCCAAAACCUUUUCUAACCGAGCGAUGGGAUUUUUGGGGGGUUUUUGGUUUUUUCCUCUCUGCUUCUGGUCCCGGGGUUUGUAUUUGGGUUUCCUGGCCAAAGGAGCGAGCAGGGGGGGCUGCUCGUUAGUGAUAACAAAGGGCCCGGCAGCAGCCUGCAGCUCGGACCUCAUCAUUUAUUAACCGCUUAUAAACUAUUUAGAAGUGGGCACGUAGCGGGGGG